AUGUUUCUCAAAUCAAUCCUCCACCUUCCUCUCUUGAGUCUUGUCGCUACAGCGGCCCCUAUCGACAAUCAAUCACCCAAUCCCGUCAUUAUUGAACGCCAAGGCAACAAUUGUCAGGUAGCUCCAGGAUACCAAGGGCAACCUCAACCACCACUGCUCCAAUUGAUUGAGUUCUGGCUUAUCCAUCGAAAUUCGCCAGACCCAGACCCAAGGGGCUGGAUUGAUAUAGGUCGCGAAGACCCAGCCCGCAAUCACGGAACGAACUACCGAGUCGCCACCCAGAACAACCGGAACGCAAUUGCAACUGUGCAAAUCUGGGCAGCAGAGGGAGAUCCAUUCGAAAACGGUGAACCAUAUCGUCGUAAUGAAUACCCAGAUCUGGCUGUUGACAUGAACACUGUCGCAAUUGGACCGCACAGCGGGAGAUUGCUCUGCCUGGACAGGACCCUUUUUGGACUAAUGAGUACGCGUAUGUUCGGUCGCAAUAAUUCUGACUAG